GCGCGCUGUCGACGUUCUGCUGAUGAGACUUAUGAACCUGAAAGCUCUAUAGUUAAAACCCAACACUGAAGAGUUACCAUCAAACAUCCAGCCUCCUGAUCGUCUGUAAAGCUCUUCGGAGGGUCGGUUGGUUGAGGAGCCACCGCAAAAAUGAUGGAAGAAAUAGACAGAUUCCAGGUGCCCAGCGUCGUGCAGGAUGCGGAGAUGCAGGCGGAGAUGCAGCCUCUGGACCCUGCCUCUUCCACCACCUCAGAGGCAGACUCAGACACCAGGGAGAGCGAACCUGUCACCAUCAACUACAAGCCCUCCCCUCUGCAGAUGAAAAUAGAGAAACAGAGAGAACUUGGGAGAAAGGGCUCACUGAAGAACACAAACACUGUGGGCAGUCCAGUCAACCAGCAGCCCAAGAAGAACAAUGUUAUGGCCAGAACACGGCUGGUAGUGCCAAAUAAAGGAUAUUCUUCAUUAGAUCAGAGCCCAGAUGAGAAGCCUUUGGUGGCCUUAGACACAGACAGUGAUGAUGAUUUUGACAUGUCGAGAUACUCCUCAUCGGGCUACUCAUCUGCUGAACAAAUCAACCAAGAUCUGAACAUCCAGCUGCUGAAAGACGGAUACCGCCUUGACGAAAUCCCUGACGAUGAAGACUUAGACCUGAUCCCGCCCAAAUCUGUGAACCCCACGUGCAUGUGCUGCCAGGCAACCUCCUCCACCACCUGCCACAUACAGUAACAUACACUUACAAUACACUGACAACCAUAGAACAAACAUACAACAACAGUAACAAUACACUAACUAGAAAUACAGAAUCAUACAAUUACUAUUUGACAUAGACUGAUAUAUUGGUUAGUGCAAAUAAGGCUGUCAUUUAUUUUUAUUAUACUUUUAUAAUGUAGAGCAGUGCACUGUAUAGACUGUAAUUGAGGUUAUACUAAUUUCAUAUUAUAUAAAUUGGCUAAAAUGAUCAGAAUGGACUCAUCAUAUCAAGCUCAAAAUAUUGGCAGGACUCACUGGUCAUUGUUUGCUCCGGAUUCUAAAAUAUCGUAUUUGACAGUCAUGAAAAAACAUAUAGCCCGAUCUCUAAUUACAGUACAGAAAGAACACAUUCGGUAACAUACAAUUACAAGACAGUAGAAUACUAUAGCACACUAACACAAACAUGCAGGACACACACAACCACAGUAACCCUCACAUAACACAGCUCAGUCUGCAGCUGGAGGAGCCACAGCAGAAUCAGAUCAGUAGAAUAUUGUAAAAAACAGAUAAGUGCUAUGAUGAUAACGACAAUGAAAAAGAAAGAUUAAGUUAUUACAUUUGUUUAAGUAGGGAUAAGAAAGGCAUAGAUAUCAUAAUAUUACAUUAAUUGUAUUUCAGUGGCAUUUCCUCCUAUGGCAGGAUGAUAGUGUGUAAGCCCUACUGCUGUUAUGUGUGAAUAGUAAUGUAACUGAGGCUGAAGUGAAAACAUAGCUCAUCUACACUAACUUAACUUGACUUAGCUUGUCUUAAUGUACUUUUAUUAUUUCAGUAUUUAUUUAACUCAUUAUGUCAUGAAUUGGGACUGGUUUGAGUGUAUGUGUUGACCUUUGAGGAAUUUCGGAUACGCUGAAAUGAACAGUAUCUAAUCUGCUGUUCCAUAUCAGGAUGUAAUGUAGCAUUAGCUGGACCAUUACACACUUUUUAUGUUUUGCUUCUUUUCACCUGAUGCCUCCAGUUGUUGUGAAGGUGAGGGGCGGGUAUAGGUUUGUGUGGCUAAAGAAGAAAUGGCAUGACUAAGAGAAGAGAGAAUACUUGAAUAGCACUUUGUUAGUCGGAAGUCCAUGUUUUGGUUUGAUUUUGCACAUUAUUUUUCAUAUUUUUGCACAAUUUCCGGCAAAACAAUGACAGUACCUUAUCUGAUCUAUACUGUGUCAAAAGGAAAAGUGAAUUGUUGCACAAACUAUGUCACCUAUAUGGUAAAUUAUAAUAACAAGGCCAAAGUCUACUGUUGUGUUUGCAAUGUUUCCCUUCCCCCCAGGUUUACCUCUUUAACAAUGAUUAUCGUGGAAGUAUGGUCUCACAUAAAAAAACAAAACAAAACAUGUAUGCACAUGCAUGCACAAAGUGAUGCAAUUUCCACAUGGAGAUUCAUUUUGUUUCAGCUAUUAAACAAACAUUAAACAUUCUUUUUUAAUCCCCCAUGAAUCUAUGAAUUAAUUGCAUUUGAAGUAUGCCUUAAACUAUUGAGAUGUUGUUACUACAAAUGUACCUGUUUAGAAAUGAGACAUUUUUGAUUAUUUUAUUUUAAUAUUGUUAUUGAUUUCAUUGUGUUGUAACCUCUUCCACUAUUAUAGUAUUUAACAGUUAUUGUUAAAAAGUGGAGUGUAUUAUGAUAAACAAAAAUAAAUAAAUGCAUUGC